CGGCGCUGGAGGCGGCCCCGGUGCGGCGGCGCCCGGAGCGGGCUCCUCGGUGCGAGGAGUCGCCGCGGGCGCCAUGCGGCGCCACGUCGCCGAGAGCUCGAAGCGGCACCUCAUGCCGCUGCCCAAGCACCCGGACCUCGACGACGACGCCGGGGGCAAGCGCGCCCGCGGCAAGCGCCACAAGGAGGAGGAGCGGCCGCUCCACGUCGCCUCGGAGCCGACGACGCUCGAGCGCAAGUACGAGCUGAAGAACGACCUCGCGUCGACGACGAGCCGCAUCGACGCUUUGGUCGCCGACUACGACCGGUCCGACGCGAUUUUGGCCGGCGGCGCGCCGCUCGUCGGCCCCGAGGAGCGCAAGUACGUCGAGAGCAUCCUCAGCGACUCCGCGGCGACGAAGCGGUCCCUGAAGAACGCGCUCCUCGACGUCUCCGAGUGGCAGCGGACGAUGACGGACGCGCGGCUCGUCGAGACGGUCGAGGCCGAAGCGGAGGUCGCGCAGCUGCAAAAGUCCAUGCGGAGCGGCUGGGACCUGCUCACCGAGGCCCACACGCACAGCAAGAAGACCCUGGGCAUGCUCGAGAAGGCCGUCACGAAGGCCAAGGAGGACGGCGCCAAGGCCGCGACCGACGCCAUGGAAAAAUCCAAGAACUCGGGCGAUCUGCGGAAGACGGGCGCGGCGAGGCACGCGCGCGAGCUCAAGGGGCUCCAGGCCGAGGUCGAGAAGCUCACGCACCAACUCGCCAUCGCCCACGACGGCAUCGCCCGCGCCGACGCCCACGGCGAGUCCAUGGCGAAGAUGGCGCGCGACGCGAAGGACUCCGCGCAGACGAUCAAGGAGGAGUACGGCCACGAGCUCGACCAGCUGAACGCGCUCGUGGCCAACUUCCAGCAGGCGGACCGCAUCGCCCACCUCGGCUGGCGCGACGCCCAGGCCAAGGCCGCCCUCGACGAGAUCCAGGACCUCUCGAACAGCAAGGACUCGCCCGCGGAGCUCAAGCGCGAGCUCGACGACCACCGCAAGCAGCUCGGCGACGUCGAGUCGGAGCUGCGGUCCAACAAGGGCGUGCUCUCGACCGUGCAGCACGAGCUCGAGACUUUGAAAGUCAAGGACAAGAAGCCGAAGAAGGGCGCGCACGCGAAGCCCGAGAAGAUGACGACCGAUCUCCUCCACGGCGACGACCCGCCCCUCCAGGAGCUCCAGAAGGCGCUGCUCAAGGAGAUCGGCCGCGGCUGCGAGCCCGACGUGCUCAAGGAGCUGACGACGAAGAUCGGCAGCGCGGCCGCCGCGACGGAGAAGCGCGCGAAAAAGGCCGAGGCGGACGCGGAGAAGGCGAAGAACGCCGCGCCCGCCGUCGUCGCCGCGCCGGCGCCCGCGGCGGACGCGCCGGACCUGAGCUGGGACCUGGACCGCGCGCGCGAGACCAUCGCGGACCUCGAGCAGCAGCUCGGCAUGAAGACGAGCGAGCUCGAGUUCGUCAAGGACAAGCGCGCGAAGGAGCGCGCGGAAUACGCGAAGAAGAAGCCCGCGGAGGACGCCGCGCCGUCCGUCACCAAGGAGGAGGUCGCGGCGCUCGAGGGCGAGCGGGACGCGCUCCAGGCCCAGGUCGAGGCGGCCCAGACGAAGCUCGCCGAUUUGGCCAAGAAGGCGGAGUUCAAGGUCGCGGAGCUCAAGCGGUUGGACGACCGGAAGAAAACGGCCGAGGCGGCCGUCGAGAGACUCAACGGCGAGCAGGCGGACCUCAUGGCGACGCAGGAGAAGACGCAGGACGCGACGGCGCGCAUGCAGAAGAAGCUCGAGGACGCGCGGAAGGCCGGCAAGAAAGAGGCGCCCAAAGAAGAAGUGAAAGCGGAGGCGCCGCUCGAGCUGCAGAUCGACGACCAGGGCUCCGUCGCGUCGAGCGUGAGCCUGGACAACGGGUCCCCCGGCAAGAAGAAGAACCCGGAGGCUUUGGCCUACUCGCAGGCCAUGGACGCGCUCGUGUCCGUCAUGCCCAGGGCAGCAAAAGAGAGCGAAAUUCCCAACUUCAAAGGCUCCGAUCUCGGCCGUUUUCCACUCGUCAUGCCCGAGCCCGUGCGCGAGGCCGUGCUCGCGGGCUACAAGGAGAAGAUCAAGACCGAGAAAGCCGAGGCCAAGGCCAUCGCCAAGGCCGAGAUGCUCUCGAGCCUCGAGUCGAACCGGGGCGACCCGCGCGCGUCGCGCGCGAUCAAGAACAACGCGCGCGCGUCCGCGGCGAACUGGCGCAACAUCCGCGCGACCGCGAAGAUGGGCCGCGGCACGGUCAACGCGCGGAGCACGCAGCAGAAUUUAGGGUACGGCUACUCGCCGACGUCCGAGUUCAAGAAGAAGCAGCGCGAGCGCCAGCCGCCCAAGGACCGGAGCCCGGACCGCGGCUCGCCGCCGCCCAAGGACCCGGAGCCGACGACGCGCGAGAAGAAGAAGCGCGAGAUGGUCGGCUACAAGAAGAAGGACCGCACGCCCAAGGUGAACCCCUACGCCAAGGCCGCCAAGGAGAAGGAGGAGCGCGCCGCCGCGCGCAAGGACGCGCGCCGCGGGUCGCCGCGCCGCGGCGACGGCUCCGGCGGCUCCGGCGACGAGGGCGCGCCGUCGUCGGACUCGGGCGACGAGCGGCCCGGUGCGCCCCUGGACCCCGCGGAGGCGAAGCGCAAGGCCGAGGCGCUCAAGGAGCGGCGCCGCAAGGACCGCGAGCGCGUCCAGGAGCUGAAGCGCGAGGAGCGGGAGAAGCGCCGCGAGCGGAAGAACCGGAAGCGCGCCGACGAGGGCCUGCCGCCCAUCGAGUCCGUCGACGACGACGACGACGACGACGAGGAGGACUUCGACGACAGCUACCCGGAGUCGUACGCGGGCAGCGAGCCCGACGAGCCCUUCGUGCGGCCGUCGGAGGUCUUCGGCAGCUCCCGGCUGCAGACGAACGCGUCCUGGGACGACGUCGUCGGCGAGGACCGGCUCUCGAACCGCGGCGCGUUCCGCGAGGAGACGCCGGAGCACUACGGCGGCCGCCUCACGAACUCCUUCGACGAGUACGAGGACGAGGACGACGACUCCUUCGUCGAGAUCGACGAGGAGGACGAGGUCGAGAAGAUCCUGAACACCUACCUCAAGCCCGCGGAGCAGCGCCACGCGCACGUGCAGCAGCGGCGGUCGUCGCUCUGCGGCCGAGACCUCGCGAAGAUCCACGAGGACUACCACGCGAACGACGGCGCGAACCUGGAGGAGGACGACCACGAGGACCUGCACCACGCCAUCGUCAACGACGACGACCACGCCUUCGUCCACGGGCAGAUCGAAGAGAUCUACGCGGCGCGCGUCAAGGCGGAUUUGGACGCCGUCAAGGAGAAAUUAGCGAAGACGGAGGGCGAGUUGGACGCGGAGCGCCAGGAGAAGCUCGAGCUCGCGACGAAGUCCGCGGAGCAGGCGCGCGAGAUCGCGGAGCUGAACCUGUUCCUCAAAAAGGCGGAGAAAUUACUGGUCGAGGUCCGGAAGCGCGACGCGUCCGACCCGUCCAAGGGCCAGCCCAAGGAAGGGUUCGGGUCCCACCGCGCGAACCAGCAGGAGGACGCGCACCGGCGGGCCAUGGAGGAGACGAUCAACAUGGCGAACGCGAUGAAGAAGUCGAAGGUGCACCAGGCCGCGGCGACGGUGAAGUCGCUCAUCCGCAUGGAGGGCCCCGCGGCGGAGCACUUGGUGGCGGAGCAGAUCGACGGCCAGGUCAGCGAGGAGGACGUCAAGAAGGAGCGGUCCAAGUCCUUCAAGGACAUCGGGAAGAAGAUGACGAACUCGCGGAGCCUGCUGAAGAAGUUCGCGGGCAAGAAGAAGAAGAAGGCCGAGGACGUCCCGGAGGAGGAGGCCCCGGAGGAUGGCGACGACGACGCGCCGGGCGAGGCCGGGCCCACGCGGCUGGGCAACCGGAACCGCUUCCUGGGGAAGAAGGCGAAGAACGCGAAGGCGCUCGACGUGCCCGAGCCCAUCCCGGGCUCUCCCUCGAAGGCCGACGGCGCCGCGGCGUCGCCCGUGCAGCCGGACGACCCGCCGCCCUACGACGACCCGGACGCGGCCAUCGACCCGGCGACGGGCGACCCGGAGGGGUUCUUCAUCCCCGUCGACGACGAGGGCAACGCGAUCCCGGGCGUCGCGCCCGUGCGCUGGGGCGACCCGACGGGCCCCAAGUACGGCUCCGACAACACGCACGUGCGCUACGUGCGCGUGUCGUCGCUGCCCCAGGUCGAGGGCGAGCGGCCCAAGUCCGUCGGGCGGCCGUUCUUCGCCUUCGAGUACGCGGAGGCGUUGCAGCGGUCGUCGGCCGCGCGCGCGGGGCGGCCGCCGAGCGCCGCGACGCCGCCGAACGCGUCGGAGCAGGCGGCGCUCGACGCGCCGACGGAGGCCGCGGAGCCGCCGCGCGAGGCCGCGGCGGCCGCGCCGCCGGAGCCCGAGGUCCGCGUCGUCGAGAAGCAGACCGUGCGCCUCAUGAAGGACCCCGCGGCGGAGCUCGAGAUCCGGCGGCUCCAGAAGGAGCUCGAGCAGAUGCACAAGGCCGCGGCCCAGUCCAUGGCCGCCUUAUCGCGGAAGACGGGCGUCAACGUCGCGGCCGCUUUAGAGGCGUCGAAGCACGUCUUCAAGGAGGAGAGGGUCCGCGGCGACGCGGCGAAGAAGGACGUCGCGGCCAAGGUCGUCGAGAUCGUCGCCGACCGGGCGGGCAUCGAAGCGGCGGACCGCGACGAGAUCGCGGAGCUCAUCGUGCUCCACGACUACGUCGAGGGCGUCGAGGCCGUCGUCGAGAACGUCAAGUCCGGCGUCGACGCGGCCAAGGCGACGCGCGUGUCCCGCGCCAAGGACGGCCGCCGCGUGUCCGUGGCCGCCCGGCCGGGGUCCAUGAAACAGGUCCCCGCGGCGCCCGAGCCGCGCGACACCGCGGGGGCGGAGGCGCCGCCCGUCGAGGACGCCGUCGCGGCGGCCGAGCCGCCGAAGGAGAAGGUCAUCGAGGCCCACGAGGUCGCGCGCCGCGACCCGGAGGAGGACCCGACGGAGCCGCAGAUCCUCGCGCCGCGCGUGUCCCACAAGGCGGGCGAGGAGCUGCACCACCUCGCGCAGGGCCAGGACAUGAUCAACGUCUCCGUCGACAUCGGCAACCGCGGGCCGCGGGGCAUGUCCGCCGCGGACAAGGCGACCAUCGCGAAGCUCGAGAGCCACGUCGCGCUGCUCCGCGAGUGCAUGGAAAAGCAGCAGGCGGCCAUGCUGGCCGCGGCGAUGACGCGCUUCGACCGGCCGCCCAAGUCCAAGUGGGCGAACCUGCACAAGCUCAUGGCCGAGGUCCAGAUCGACGACGACGACGACGACGACGACGACGACCGGGCCGAGCUCAAGGACGUGGACCAGUCGGCCGUCGCGCGCUUCGCGAGCCAGAUCGAGGGCUUCCAGAUGGCGAACCGGACCGAGCCGACGCAGGCCGCGGCCGGCGACCUGGAGAUCACGGGCCACAAGUCGAAGCACAUCGACGAGGAGGGCGACGACGAGCCCAUCCCGCUCAACUCCAUCCUCGAGGAGCUCCGCCGGUCCAAGUUCACGCGGCCCCAGAAGGAGACGUCGAAGCAGGACGCGGCGCUCGCCGACGCGGGCCGCGAGCUCGCGGCCGUGCGCGACGCGCUGAUCAACGACAUGCGCGAGGGCCUCCACGAGCAGCUCGGCCGCAUGCCCGCGACGGCCGCGCGGACCGCGAAGCUCUUCGACAAGCAGGCGAACGCGCUCGAGCACCUCCACAAGGACUUGGCCGACGACGCGGAGCACGAGGCGCCCAUCGAGGAGUACCACGCCGAGGCCGUCGACGCCGAGGACGCGGCCUGGGACGUCGUCGACGAGCAGCGCGCGGAGCUCACGGCGUCCAAGUUGACGCUCAAGCAGGCGCUGAACCGGUCGCGCAUGGCCAUCACGACGGCGAACCGGCUCCGCAAGAUGAAGAAGUUCCAGGACAUGGACCCCGAGUCGCGCGGGUCCCUCAAAUUCACGGACGCGGAGCGGACCAUAUUGGCCGACGACGCCGCGGAGAAGCAGGGCAAGGCCAUGGAGAUCGCCGCGGGCACCGUCGAGCAGAUGAUGACGGGCGUGACCUCGUUGGAGGCCGGCGACCCCGAGGAGCUCGACGACGACGAGGAGCGGGAGUUGGUGUACCAGGCCUUCAACCCGUUAACGGCGAAGAAGGUGCGCGCCAAGGCGAAGAAGCUCGCGGCCAAGACCGGCGUCGUCGAGGCGCCCGACGGCCACGUCGACGUCGACGAGGAGACCAUGAAGCACCUCCGCGAGCACGAGAACGCCCGCAUCCAGGCCCAGCUGAAGCAGCUCCGGUCCAUCAUCCCCAAGGAGGACGGCGGCGAUACGACGGACGCGGACAGCGUGCAGCUCCACCUCAACCAGCUCAGCGCGUUGGCGCUCGCGGCGGGCGUGAACCCGCAGGCCGUCGCCCAGCUCAACCCCUACGCCGCCGCGCCCGCGCCCAAGAAGAAGAAGCUCAAGCUGAACUUCACGCCGCUGCACACGGACGCGCCGCAGACCGCGCGCAAGGACGAGCCGCCCGAGGUCAUCGAGCCCGACGACGAGUACGAAGAAGCGGAAGAAACGACGGUCAACGUGGACCGGAUGGUGAACCAGCUCUUCGACAUCGCCGACGGCGGCCUCGACGACAUCGGCGAGGACGAGGAGGAGGACUUUGCGUACGAGGGCUUCGGCCAGCCCAUCUCCGUCAACGCGAUGUCGUCGUCCAUCGUCGGCCACGUCGCGCGGCUCUCCGCGCCGUCCGUCGACGGCGCGGAGAAGGCCGCCGAGGAGUUCUUCGAGCGGGCCGCGCAGAACGAGGUCUCGCGCCUCGAGGAGGCGCUCGAGCGCGCGCGGGUGAAGGCCGAGGAGAGCCUCCGGGACGACGUCAUCGAGGAGGAGGACGAGGACGACGAGCCCGAGGAGGAGGACGACGACGGCCCGCUGCCGCGCGAGUCGACGCGGUCCGUCCGGGAGCUCAUGCGCAAGGGGAAGAAGAAGUCGCCGAAGGAGAUCCGCCAGGAGCAGGAGAUGAAGAAGCUGCAGAAGGAGCUCGUGGACGCGCGGCUGCAGCUCGAGCGGCUGAACGAGGACAAGCGCGCCCGCGGCACGCGCGCGGCCGCCGGCGCCGCGGCGGCCAUGCAGGGCUACCGGCGGAGCGGGCGGAAGCAGGGCUCGCUGAAGACCGCGGGCUUCUCGUUCGGCCGGCCGCCGGCGGACGCGUCGGGCGAGACGACGGUGGUCUACCGGGACCCGCGCCUCGACGACAUCAAGACCUACGACGGCGUGCUCCAGUCCAUGCUCAGCGAGAUCCGGAGCAACGUCAACGCGGAGAGCGACGCGUCCGAGCGCGCGGCCGCGGACGCGCAGGCCAAUCGCGCGACGACGAGCCGCAUGUCCAAGUACGGCGCGAACAUUGAGAGCCAGCUCAACGAGCUCGCGGCGGUCAUGGCCGAGCGGCAGAACGUGCUGGCGUCCGUGAUGCGGGGCGCGCCGCCGGCCAUGCCGACGCGGAUCAUCAAGGUCGGCGCGAAGAAGAAGAAGGGCCGCAACUCCGCCAAGGGGUUCAAGGGCUUCGUGCCGCCCGGCGCCAUGCUCCCGGGCCAGGACAACGGCCGCCAGUCCAUGAAGGCCGACGCGCCACACGAGGAGCCGCCGCCGACCGCGGCGCCGCCGCCGGAGCCCGGCGCGGCGCCCGACGAAGGCGGCGCGUUCAUGACGCCCGGCGACGUCGGGUCCCUCAAGGAGCAGGCCAUCAAGAUGGCCAUGGCGACGCUGAAGAAGCAGAUGCCCGACUUCGACAAGGACAUGGCGGCCUUCGUCGAGCAGGCGACGGAGCAGAUGCUCGCGGUCGUCUCCGCGCAGACCGCGGAGCUCGAGAAGCGCGAGAUCGCCGUGGAGCAGGCCCUCGCGCGCGCGAACGAGGCGACGCGGCUCCGCGAGGAGGCCCACGGCCACGUGGAGACGAAGAAGGCCCACGAGGUCGCCAAGAUCCGCUACGUCACGGACCAGGUGACGACCGCGAAGACGCUCCUCGAGCGGGGCCAGCUCGACGAGUCCGUCGACUUUCUGGAGAAGGUGUCGCCGCCCGUGCCCGAGCCCCUGCCGGAGAUGAAGCCCAUCCCCCACGUCCGCAAGAAGGAGGGCCCCGCCUUCGGCAACAACCUCAUGCAGCAGGUCACGGAGCAGCUCCGGCCGGGGAGCCCCGCCGCGGCGCCGCAACUGCAGGUCCGGAAGCGGACGACGCGCGUCACGAACGCCGUCGGCGCCGUCGUCGCCGUGGACACGGCCGCGCGGCCCCACCUCGAGUUCGCGAGCCUCGAGCACCUCCUCGACGAGCUCCACACGUCGGCCAUGGACAACUGGGCCAGCGGCGGCGACGGCGCGCCGUCGCGGCCGAACACGCAGGAGCGGCGCCGGCGCGCCGAGGCGCGGCGCAAGCGCGAGGAGGGCGCGACGGCGGAGAUCCGCGAGUUCAGCGACCGGCUCCGGCGCCAGCGCUCGUCGAUCCGCGAGGAGUACCAGCACCACGUCGACGAGCGCGUCGAGGCCUUCGUCAAGAACGAGAUGCACGAGAACGGCGCCGAGGCGAAGCGCAUCGCCAACGAGAUCAAGCAGCAGAUCGCCAAGGCGCAGCACGACAAGGUGCGCCUGUCGACGGACCAGGUCGCGGACGGCCUCGCGGCGCACCUCGACGAGCUCGGCUCCGAGGCCGCGGACGACGUCGCGCGGCGCGUCACGGCCGUCGCCCACGACGCGGACGCGAUGGAGAAGCUCCUCUUCGACGAGAUGAACAGCGUGUCGUCCAAGAACGCGUUCUCCAUCAAGAAGAAGCAGAGGCGCGCGGAGGCGGCGGACGAGGAGGACGACGACGACGACGACCCGGACUCCGACUUCAAGCGCAACUUCGACCGGCAGAUGUCGCUGCGCUUCAAGGACCGGAGCCGCGAGUCCGUCCGCGACGGCCCCGUGGGCCGCGUCGUGUCGCGGCUCGGCAAGGACGCGCGCCUCGGCACGGCCUACGACGCGCAGCUCGCGGCGGCCAUGGCGGAGAUCGCCGGCGACAUCGCCGAGCGCUGGGGCGUCGCCGACGCGUCCAAGUGCGCGGACCUCGUCGCGAAGACCGUCGAGGACAUGGUCGCCUACGCGCGGCGGUCCCGCGCGAACGCGUCCGCGGGCUCCAUCGUCGUCAGCCGCCUCGGCGAGGCCGUCGCGUCGGAGAUCAACGCCUUCACCAAGGACCAGCGAUCGGGCGCGGACCUCACGGACGCGGACAUCGAGGGCAUCGUGUCGCUCGUCGACGAGGCGCUCGCCGCCAAAAUGGUCCACCGGGAGGUGCACCAGGAGAGCGCCGCGCAGCAGGUCAUCAAGUACAUCUCCGGCGACAUCUCCGACAACAUGUCGACGCAGAUCCGGAACUUGGUCGCGUCCGAGCUCGCGUCCAUGGCGCAGCAGAUCGGCACGUCCAUCGCGCGGCAGCUGGGCGCGGACGCGCAGACGACGGCGAACGUCGGCAAGAUCAUCUCGUCGCACGUCAAGGACAACGGCCGCAAGGGCAAGGGCGGCGUCGGCGUCGUCAUCGUCGACCAGCUGCGCACGAUCAUCGACACGCAGCGCCGGGCCACGGAGCUCAUGCUCCAGCAGCGGCCCCAGGAGCGCGUGCUCGUCGCGGGCCGGUCGCCGACGGCGUCGCCGGAGCCGCCGCGCGAGCCCGCGCCCCACGAGUUCGCGCCCAUCAGGGACGACGACGGCGCCGCCGCGUCGCCCGGGAAGCACGCGAAGAAGCCCAAGUCCCCGAAGAAGCACCACCACUCGAAGAAGCCCGAGGAUCCCGCGGCGCCCGACGCCGCCGACGACGACGAGGCGGCGGCGUCGUCCGACAGCGACGACGAGGCCGCGCCGCCGGCCGUCCAGGAGGACGAGGAGUUCGAGGAGACGCUGACGGCGGUGCUCGCGGCCGUCGGCGACGAGGAGGAGCCGACGCUCGCGGUGUCGUCCAAGGCCCUCGGCGGCCUCGAGGUCGAGCACGAGUCGCUCGUGUCCCUCAAGGAGGAGCUGCUGACCCUGCAGCGCGCGCACGAGCGGGCACAAGCGCAGACGCCCGACGCGGCCGUCGACGACGACGUGCGCGAGGAGGUGCUCGUCAAGCUCGAGGUCGUCAACGAGCGCCUCGCGACCGUCGAGGAGGUCCGCGACGAGAUCACGGGGUCCAUCAAGGGCUGGGGCAUCGACGCUUUGGUCGUCGCGCGCCACGAGAACGACAAGCUCGCGCGCAAGGCGAAAGCCAUGGCGGGCUGGCUCGCGGCCGUGGGCAACGACGGCGGCAACGACGCCUACAAGACCUACGAGGGCACGUCGCGGGCCAUGGCGCGCGAGAUCGACGCGCGCGGCGGCUGGCGCGCGGCGCUGACGCUGAGCGACGGGUCGCUCAACGAGGACAUCGACCCGACGGUGUGGCCGCCGGCCGACGCCUUCAAGAUCAUGGAGCAGCUCAUGCUCUACUACAAGGAGGAGGUCAACGCCCAGGCCAACGCGAAAUUCGACGCGGAGGACGAAUUACUGGAACUCCGAAAGAAGGUCAAAGAGCAAACGCAGGAACUCGAAGAUAAGGGCGCGAAGCUCACGAAGGCCCAGGCGUCCAUGAAGCAGUUGGCCAAGGGCGGCAAGCCGCGCAAGUCCAUGUUCGAGGCCGCGGCGUCGAGCAACGCCGUCAUGCACGAGGGCAAGAUGAUCGACGCGGACCAGGUCGGCGCGGACGACUUCGACGUCGACGCGUUUUUGAAGCGGCCGGAGGGCAUGGCCGACGGGCGCAUGACGCUGGACCACCUCAACAAGUGGCAGGACGAGCGCGUCGCCGCGGCGUCGCUGCGCGUCGAGGUCGCCAAGGUGCUGAGUCUGGUGCUGGGGUCUCCCAUGGCGCUUUUGGUCCAGCGGCCCAUGCCGGACGUGGACCUGGACCCCAUCAACAAAUUCAAGGACGACAUGAAGCGCACGGCCUUUGGCAAGAAGCAGCUCGGAAACAAGGCGUCCCUCUUCGACGCGGACGCCAUCGCCGAGAAGAGUGUCGACUCUUCCCAGUACACGCUGGGCAUCCACGCCGCGCGAAAAGAAAAAAAAGCGGAGACGUCGCUGCGGCUGCGCAACGCGCCCGCGAAGGCGCCCGUGCUGCUCGAGGACCCCCUCGACGUCGGGCCCGGGCCCGUGGAGCCGCCGCCGGACCCCAAGCCCGGCGAGGCGCCGCCGGCGAAUACUUACGCGGACGAGAUCGCGGUGCACUACGGCCCCAGGAACAUGGAGAAGGCCCAGUCCCUGCUGGAGACCGUGCGCCGCGGCAUGCGGGGCAUGAAGGGCUACGACGGCUCCGAGAAGGACAACGAGCGCGUGCACCGCACCGUCGUCGGGGCUUUAAACAAGGACAAAGGCGACGUGACGACGCUCCGGGAGAUCCUGGACCGCGUCGUCCGGCGGGAGAAGGAGCAGCGGUCCCAGAUCGAUCUGCUCGAGCGGGAGGUCCGCGUCAUCGUGCGGUCCCAGGUCGAGAACCAGCGCCGCGUCGACGCUUUGGAGGCCGCGUACGAAUCCGAGUCGGCGUCCGACGUCGUCGCGAAUUUGCGGGCCGAGAUCCGGUCCUGCCACGAGGACGCGGAGCGGUCCGAGGCGACCAUCGCGUCGCUCCAGGAGACGCUCGCGGAGACGAACGCCGACGACGGCCAGCUCGAGCGCCUCGAGUACAUGAUGGCGAAAUAUCGCGACGUCGCGGAGAUCCACGGCGCUUUACUGCCCCAGUACGCGGCCGUCGACGAGGAGCUCGAGGCCGUGCGCACCAUGUCGCGCCUGCGCAAGUUCAAGGCCGGCGAGCGCGACCCGUUGGAGGCCAAGGCGGGCCAGCUCCAGGACCGCAAGGACGAACUCGAGCACCGGCUUUUGGUCAUCUUCCGGGAGGUCCAGGAGGUCGAGAAGCUCAUGGUGCGCCUCUACGAGAAGGUCGAGGCGGCGACGCAGUUCGUCUUCUCCGGGUCGAGCUACCGGGGCAUGCUCGUCUGGGCCAGCGACAAGGAGGAGCGGCGGUUGAAUCGGGCGCCGUCGCCGCGGCUCGCGGCCGCGGCGCGCGCCGCGGCCGCGCCCGUGCGGUCGCUGCUCGACCCGCUGCCCAUCGUGCCCAAGUCCGUCAGCGACCCCCUCGAGUCGGCCUUCGGCCGCGGCGCGGGCCUGCUGCCGCCGCCGCCGGGCGUCGCGCGGCCGCGCGACGCGCCGCCGACCCAGAAGACGCAGCCGGGCCGCGUCGAGUCCUACCGGAGCCUCGCGAACCUCGCCGCCAAGGUGACGACGAAGCCCCGGCGCGACCCGGAGGAGGACGCGGCCCAGGUCCUCAACGAGGCGACGCUGAAGCUCAAGUACAACGUCAUGGCGGGCCUCGAGGACCGCCACAAGCUCCGCCCGCUCCGGAACCUGCCGUCGACGUCCAUCAAGCGGUUCCAGAGCAGGACUGGGUAAUGU